AAGCAGUCGACUGAAUUGACACACGAAUCCCUCUCUCGCUUCUUUAACAUGGCCUUGCAUUGAAUCGAGGCCUUGAGGCAGCUAUGUGGUUCGAAAUCAUCUGCGGCCUGAUCAUCUACGGACUUUACAAGCUGUUCAUCUCCGACGGCGACGACGUGUUCGAUGUUGAGACCUCUGAUUCUACUGCUCUCUUUGCCGUCGCCGACAGGCUCUCUAAGCUCUACCCUGGCGGCAAGGUCUUUGUCGGCCUUCGUAUCCCCGACGCCGAUACCGCUUCCCCACAGCACAUCGAUCUCCUUCUUCUCAACAAAGGGGAGGCACUAGUGAUAGCCGUCAAGAACAUGUCUGGAUUCAUCUCCGUCAAGCCAGAUGGCAGCUGGGUUUCUGAAAGCAUCUCCAAAAACAAAGCAGACCACCACCCUGAUCCUCUGGCCGAGACAAAACGGCAGGCUUCAAUUCUUGAAUCCUAUCUUGAACAAAGAGGAGCUGCUUUACCACUAGGAUAUUUGUCCUGCAAAGUUAUACUCUCCAAUCCUAAAGUUUGUACUAUUCAGUCGAGCGGUUUCCCAUCAGAAAUCAUAACUUAUGACCAGUGGGUAUCAAUGAAACCAGAACCAAAAAGUAUGUUUUCUGGUUGGAUGAAGGGUGCGUUCCUUGGUGGAAAGAAAGAGAUGCAAGAAUCUAUUCAUCAGAAGCUUGAGUUCAUUCUUAGCACAGCACCAAUGUGGGAUAGGUUGGAGCUUAAAGGUAACAACUAUGUUCUUGGAGAAUUUUUGGAAUUUAAGGGCAAGCAGGAAGAUGUUCAGUCUUUGAGACACAUCAAAAGAUCAAAAAUAAACCGCCUUGUUGUCCAAAAGACGAGCAUGCUUGGAUUUACCCCUUCAAGGCUCCAAGUUCUGUACUCUCACCGUGAUUACCGGAGUGAAGGAGCUUCGGCUUCUGAGUGGAAAGAAGUAAAUGUAAGGUCGAGCACAGAGGUUGUCUUUCAGCUCGACAAUUCUUCUAGAGUCCGCAAGUUUAAGCUCUCAUCAAUUAGUUCUAUGUCUUUGAGUGCUUAAAGAUUUUGCUGCUUAUUGUGAGUAAGUCUACUUCUAUCUAUUCCUUUGUUGGCCAGUGAGAGUAGUCUUUUCUUUGUAAUCUAUACCUUUACUAUCAUUGUUUGUCAUUUAGACUUGCAGUGAUGUAAAUAUGGCAAUAAGGGAUCGAUCUUUAUGAUGAUGUGCA